AUGUCAAUUAGUGAUAAGUUGUGUUAUUUCUUUAAUUUUCUUAAAUCCUAUUUAUCUCGAUUAAAUCUAUUCAAUACUGAAAGUGAAGAUGAAAUUAUCAUACAAAAUGAACGUCGAACAACUCGUCUUUAUUUAAUUCUUAUGAUAUUAUCAAUGAUUAUAUUUUUAUUAUAUUACAGUAUUGUAUUUAAUACACAAACCAUUGAAAUUGAAUCUCCUUCAUUAGAAGAAUAUUCUCGUAUAAAGGAAGAAACAUCAUUACAAUGUUUAUGUACAAAUAUUUCAAUAAAAUAUGGAUCAUUCGUUAAAAUCGAACCUAUUUAUCAUCAAUUAUGUCGAAGUAAUUUAGUAUCAGAAGAAUGGAUUAAUUAUUUAUUUGAUUUAUAUAAUCAAAGUUGGAAUAAAUCAACUCAAAUUGAUUUUCGUCGAAUAGGUGUAUUUCAAUUUCAAACACUUCGUCAUUUUUGUCAAUUAACAAAAGAUACUCUUAAUAAAAGUCUUCAAUCGUUUGGAAAUACAGAUUUUAUUCAAUCUCAAUUAAUUUUACCUAAAACUUUUGAAGCUCAAAUUGACUAUCUUAUUAAUGUAUUUAUCGAUGAAACACCAAAAUCUUUUUUAAGAACAUUAAAUUUUAUGCAAGAUAUAACAGCACAAAGUUUAUUUAUGACUGGUGCUUCAAUAACAAGUGUUCGACCAAUAAAUAUGCAAUUUAGAUUAGAAUAUGAUGGUAAGGUACCUUAUCCUGGAAUAAACUAUACAUUUACAGAUAAUUUUACAUGUAUUUGCUCAAGUUCAACUGCAACGAAUUGUAUGGGUUUAACAACAUUUGAUAAUGAUAUUGUUCCUGGUUUUCAAACUGGUUGUUAUAUGUUAAGCACAUUGAUGAAUUCUACUCUCGAAGCUUUUCAUAAUCAAACAUUUAUUGAUAAAUUAACUAAUUCAUCUCGUAAUUUUAAAAAACUUAAUUCAUCGAUUUCACUUCGGAAAAUUGAAACGUUACUUGAACAAAUGUUCGUUGAAUCUUGGUCAAAUCAAUCAAUAUACAAUAAAUAUUUUUAUAGUUGUGCACCUAAAUCAUGUUCUUAUAAGAAAACUCAACGUUAUAGUUUUUGGAAUAUUCUUUUAAUAUUGAUUGGUUUAUUUAAUGGAUUAUCAAUGAUAUUAAGAAUUCUCACACCGUUGAUUAUAAAAAUCUGGCCAUUUUUACGGAAAAAGAUUUGUCGACCAAUAUCACCCACGACAGAAACCACUGUAAACUCUGAUACACCAGCACCAGCAACUUCAAUAAGUAUAAAAAUUAAAAGAUUAUUUCGAUCUAUUAAACAAAAAUUUGUUGAACUUAAUUUAUUUAAAAGUAUUCCACGUUCAAUUGAUGAAUUUAUUCUUCGACAACAACGUCAUCAAACUCGUUUAUAUUUAAUUUUAUUAUUAUUAACUUUAUUCAUUCUUACUUUUUAUGCUACUUUUGAACCUGAUAUUAACAGUGUUACUAUUGAAUCUCCAUCGAUAACAACUUAUGAUGAACUUUAUAAUAAAUCUUUCUUAACACUUGAUUGUCCAUGUCAUCAUACUACAUUAGAAUAUCAUCAAUUUCUGACAAAUAUUCAAGUUAAAUAUCAUGAAAUAUGUUCAUCAGAAUUUAUAUCUUCUCGUUGGCUUCAACUUCAAUUUAUUCAAUCUCCCAUGAGACCAUUUGUCUCACAUGAUAUUCGUUAUCAAUCUCAAAUUCAUUUUCAAUUAUUAUUUACACUUUGUCAUAGAGCUACGCAAACAGUUAAUGAUAAUCUUCAAUCAUUAAAUCGAACAAAAUUUAUUACUCAAAAAGUAAUUACACGUUUAUCGUUUGAAACACAAUUGAAUUUAAUUAUUGAGCAAUUCAAAAGAACAUUACCACAAUCAUAUCGACGAACAGUACAAUUAAUGAAAGGAAAUACUGAUAUUAGUCAAUUAAUUAUACCACUUAAUUCGCUUUUUGAACAGAUAGAAGAUGUUCAUAAUAACGAAAUAUUUUUUCGUUUAAUACCUUCAGAAAAUAUUAAAUCUGAGCAGAUUCCAUGUUUCUCAUUUUCUGAUGAAGAAUGUAUUCUAAACACAAGUAUAUCAAAAGGUGAUUUUACAAAAUUUAUUUUAGGAAUGAUUCAAACGCGAAGUCCUCUUCGAUCUGUUUUAUUAUCAACAUUAGAAUGUUUUUAUAAUGAUACAUGUUUAUCUUGGAUUAUAAAUGAAAUUGAUUCUCGAAUUUCACCAACAAAUUUUUCUACACUGAAUUUAUCGUUAUUAGCAGAAAAUGAAAGUCAAUAUGAUCGAAUUGAAAUAUUAGUUGAUAAACUUUUUAUUCAAUCAUUUAGUUAUCAAAUAUCUUAUGAAUCUUAUUUUAAUCAAUGCCAUCCAAUUAGCUGUCAAUAUACAUAUCAAAAUCGAUUUGAUAUCAUGCAUAUUAUUACAACAAUUACUAGUCUAUUAGGAGGUCUCAAUUUUAUUCUUCGAUUAUUAAUACCAUCUAUACUGAAAUUAUUAUAUUGUAUUUGGUUUAAAAUUAUUUCUCGACCACAAAAUACGAUUCGAACAUUCGCAGCAACAAUUUCUAACAGAACAGUUUGUUGUGAGAACAUUCGUGUUCUAUUACGUCGUAUGAAAAAAUAUAUUAUUGAAUUAAAUGUUUAUCCAAUAAAAUUACCAUCACAAGAUGUAAACAUUGUUCAAAGACAUCGACGUUUAACUCGCAUUUAUUUAACAUUAGUAUUCAUAUGUUUACUUAUUCUUGUUAUUUAUACAAUGAUAACAAAAGAAACAAUAAUAAUUAAUAUUAAAUCUCCAUCAAUAUUAAAAUAUUCUGAAUUAUCUAAUCAAUAUCCUUUAACAUUUCAAUGUUCAUGUAGUAAUAUUGCAAUAAAAUAUGAUAAAUUUAUUCAAUCAAUCAAUCCUGAAUAUCAUUCAAUUUGCUCGAGUGAAUUUUUUUCAUCAGAUAGAUAUGCUAAUGUAUGGAAAAAUAUCGAUAAUAAAUUCAUUCCUAAAGAUAACGAUGAUGAUUUUCAUAAUUGGAUUAAACCUCAAUUGGAUAUGAUAUCAGCAAUGUGUUCAUUAUCAAAAAAUAUUUUGAAUUCGUCCUUAUCAUUAUGGUUACAAAGAGAUUUUGUAACAGCGCAUGUUAUUUCUCGUAUAGAAUUCGAUACUCAGAUAAAAGGGUUAUUCGAAGAAUUUAAAACGACAACAGCCAAUGAAUUUAUUUUAUUAUUUAAAUUACUUCAAAUAACAAAUUUUGCAAACCAACUAGCAACAACACGAUCAUCAAAUUGGAAAUUUAUUGUUAAUUCAAGAUAUGAUUUAGAUUCAUUUACUGACAUACAAUUAUUAAAUCAAAGUACUUAUCAAAAUAUAUUAUAUGCUUUAACUUUACCACAAACAUAUAGUGAAAAUAAUUGUUCAUGUGUAUUCCAAUCAACUUGUGCAAAAUUUUCUUCAUUUCCAUAUCGAAUAUCAAAUCAAUCAAUGAGACAAAUUCUUCCAAGUUUUCUUACUGGUUGUUUACCUGUCGAUGCAAUGUUACAAUCAGAUUUCUCUUGUUUUUUUAAUCAAACAUGUUUACAUCUAUUACAAACACUGAUGUAUUAUGUAAAAUCUUUUCCAAUUAAGGUUCUAACGUCUUCAUAUUCAUCUAAUCGAACAGUUGAAACAAUUCUUAGUCAACUUUUUGUCGAAGAAUGGAAUGAAAAUAUUCCAUUUGCUCUUUAUUAUGAAGAAUGUGCUCCAGAAUUUUGCCAAUAUUCUUAUCCAACAACAUUUAAUGGAUUUUAUUUUAUAAUAAAAACAUUGGCUAUAUUUAGUGGUUUGACAAAAGUAUUACGAUAUGUUGUGUCUUUUAUAGCAUUCUUAGUAAUUAAAUUACUCAGUUGGAGAAAGAAAAAGAAAACUAAAAUAAGACCACAAUCAGAUAAUGACAUUCAAUCUACUCUUCCAGAUCUGCCAGUAACAACAAUUGAGCUCAAUGAUAUUUCGGAUCAACCGGAACAAAUCGUAUCGUAA